CAUCGGCUGUGAUGCACGCCAGGCUGCGUCUUGUCGCUGAAAACUUGUCCAGUUUAGCUCACUCUCUAUUCCAUUCCCUUCUUUUCCCAUAAUCAGUCAUCACUUUUUUUAAUUAACGCAGAUUCAACAAUUGGCAGCUGGAUGUUUAAACGUUUUCUCCUCCAGCCGGUGGCGGGGCUUCAGGCUUCAUCUCUCCAAGGGCUCUGCAAGGUGGCCGUCACAAGUGUGCAGCAUCCACAUCCUUUGGAGACUCACAUCCUCUGGAACUGCUCCCAUCUCUGACAGGUGUGCCUUUUGUGCGCAAAAGUGCGCACAUUUAUCCGCGCAAAUAAGCGUUCCGGGCGCGUUCCAUUAUUUGGACACUAUUUGUGGAACAUGUGGAGCUGGGACGCAUGCAACAGAAAGCUGUAACAUGAGGAGGAGCCGACACCGCGCAAGUAUGGGACUUCCUGUGCUUUGCAGAUGGCUUGUAUUCAUAGCGGUGGUGCCUGCCUGGCUGCUGGCGGCUCCAAACACCAUCCGUGAGCGUCCCUGCCCUCAGAGCUGUAGAUGUGAUGGCAAAAUAAUCUACUGUGAAUCCAAUGCUUUUCGUGACGUGCCAAGCAAUGUGUCUGUGGGAACACAGGGACUCUCGCUGCGUUACAACAGCCUAAUGAACCUAAGGGCCCACCAGUUUGCAGGCCUCAGUCAACUGGUUUGGCUGUACCUCGACCACAAUUACAUCAGCUCCGUGGAUGGCCAAGCGCUCCACGGCAUACGCAGGCUCAAAGAACUGAUUCUCAGCUCCAAUAAGAUCACUCUGCUUAAAAACAACACUUUCCACGAUGUUCCCAACUUGCGCAAUCUCGACCUUUCCUACAAUAAACUACAGGUACUCCAGCCGAAUCAAUUUGUGGGUUUAAGGAAGUUGCUCAGUUUACACUUGAGGUCAAAUUCGUUAAAAACUGUCCCAAUGCGGGUUUUUCUUGACUGUCGUAAUCUGGAAUUCCUAGAUAUUGGCUACAACAGGCUACGGAGUCUUACUCGCAACGCCUUCGCCGGACUCUUUAAGCUUGUCGAGUUGCAUUUGGAGCACAAUCAGUUUUCCAAGGUCAACUUUGCUCAUUUCCCUCGCCUGACCAACCUGAGGGCGCUGUAUUUGCAAUGGAACCGCAUCAAAAUGCUGACGCAGGGCCUACCGUGGAUGUGGACUUCCCUGCAAAAGCUGGACCUGUCUGGAAACGAACUUCAGACCUUGGAUCCAAGUACGUUCCAAUGCCUGCCCAACCUCCAGACGCUUAACCUCGACUCCAACAAACUGAACAAUGUGUCUCAGCAGACAGUGGAGACUUGGAUCUCUCUCACCACCAUAAGUUUGGCGGGUAACCUGUGGUACUGUAACCCUAACAUAUGUCCUCUAGUGGACUGGCUCAAGGCCUUCAAAGGGAACAAGGAGACCACUAUGAUCUGUACAGGCCCUAAGGAGGCACAGGGAGAGAAAGUGAAUGAUGUGGUGGAGACUUAUAACAUUUGCACAAUAACGCCGAGCCCCAUUACCUCAACAAAGGCACCUCUCACGUCUGCAUUUCAAACUGAACAGCUCCCUCUUCCCACACAGCCUGAAGUGGAUAAGAAGCUUGAAGAGAACAGGACAGCCUCCCCUACCCCUUCCCAGGCCUCCCCUUCCAUUCCUUUACCAGAUUCCGAGUAUGUGUCCUUCCAUAAGAUCAUAGCUGGAAGCGUGGCCCUUCUGCUGUCUGUGGCUAUAAUCCUACUUGUUAUUUACGUCUCAUGGAAGCGCUAUCCCAGCAGCAUCAAGCAACUUCAGCAGCGCUCCUCGGUUAAAAAGCGGCAGAAAAAGGCUCGGGAGACUGAGCGCUCCCUUAAUUCGCCACUGCAAGAGUAUUACGUGGACUACAAGCCUACACACUCAGAGACAAUGGAUGUGCUGGUUAAUGGGACAGGACCUUACACAUACACCAUCUCAGGCUCCAGGGAAUGCGAGAUACCGUUGCAGCUGAGAGCCCUGACGUACGGGUGUGAGCAGUCAGUGCUGGAUUACUGCCAUGCUCACCUGCACCUUAACAUGGAGCCCGACAUUCAGGAGAUGGACAGUCUAAGGCCAAGCAGGCACCAGCGGGGCCCAAUGACUGUGCUCCCCUCUGCGCCUGUGUCGUCUCGCCCCCGGACCCAUUCCCUCCGUCAGUGAGCAGCACACACAAGUAAAUAAUCAGCAGACUUUUCAAAUAAAACAAGCUGUUGAAGGGAAGCGGUACUGGUAAAGAAGGAACAGAGACAGUUAAUCUGCUGAAGAGCAUCCAGGACCACAGGGUAAUGAGGAUGGAAUAUUUCUCAGUGGAAAUAUAAGGGUGCAUCUGUAUUGACUGAUGAGCUUCUGACCCAUCAAACCCUCAAUAUCCUCAAUUAGCCAAGGAGGCUGAACAGCAGCUUGAUGUUCAAUGUUCCGCUUUUGCUCCCGCUUUGCUUGUUGAGGAGUAUUAAGGAUAAUACUUCAAUGAUGUGUUAAUCCUAUUAAACAUUCUGUAUUUUUGCCACAUUUUUCCACGACUGGGUACCUCUGCUGGGUCAGGUAAAGUAAUCAAAUGCAAAUGGAUCUAAAUACAGAAGGGAAACAGUAAAGUUUUUCUGCUGCUUUUUUGUUUAGAUGUUAUUGUCGUUAUGAAGCUGCGAGUCAGAAGACCCUGUACAACGUUCAUGUUCACUCACCAUGGACCACAGACAAAAAGUGUCACAUAUAAAGCCACACACCGUGCCAGUAUAUACUACAGUAUAUGGACUUUUGAUUUUCUUAAUCAUUCUUGAUGUUGAUCGCAUAGUUACAAAUAGACAGAUAAAAAAAAUCAACAAAAAAAAAUCAUCCACUGAAUUUAUUCUUGUAUAAAAUGUUUUUUUCCUCCCCAAAAGUGUUCUUCGACCAGUUAUCUUAUCAUGGCCUCACAUACACUAUCUACAUGUGCGUACUUUUUACAGGAUGUUACAUAAUAUAUGGCAAAUAAAGUGUGGUAAAUCAUCCAUGGUAGUGUCAUUAAUUAUGAUCAGUGAUAUUAACUCAAACCACCUUCUGCUUUGGACGGCUGCAGAGUUGAUUGAGACUAAAUAGCAGCGCUGAACAUUUAAAGGGCACCUGCUAUGCUUCUGAAGUUUAAAUAAUGCCAAGAUGCCGUCACUGGACACAUCAUUAGGAUUGUCUGCACAAUGUAAUGACAUCCAAUAUAAGAGCUUCAUCAAAGCUGUUUGGUUGGACUGACUUUCAUUCAAGCAUGAUUAUUAUUAGCGGCAAUUUGAAAUGGUGUCGAAAUGCAUCGUACCACGUUCCUUUACUGUGAUGUAAGUUCAGUUUUACUGUAUGUCGGAACUUAAAUAAUACCUACAUUAACUCCUAAAUCACUCACACAGAACACAGAACACAUGAUGGACAUAUAAAAUAAAGUCAUAGAAAUAUUAAAAACAAAAAAUUAAAUGAAACAGAUAUUUGUAAUUAAUUUAUGGUGGCACAUUUGCAACCACAAAACAUUGGAACACUGUACUUUCAUAGGAGCAGAUGCUUUAACACGCUCAAGAACACGAUCUAUGUCCUUAAUGAUGGCCGUAACAGUCGAACAGUUAAGAACAAACGUGUGGCCAAUAUUGGUGGGUGUCUACGAUGUUCAUUCUCACUUCCAUGGUGAUGGCUUUUCUUUUCCUUGGCGCAUUUCCACCAGAAGAGCCUUCCUUAAGCUUGGGAGACAUAGUGAAGCGCAAGCGUCAUUACUGAUCAACAUUAAGUUUAGAAUUAAUUUAUGGGAGUUCGUUCAUCACCACAAAACGUUGUAACAUGGAACAUUGUACACUGAGGACC